AUGAACAAUCUUUCACGAAAUGUAAAGGAUCUGUAUUCUAUUCUGAACAAGUUGGAGCAAUCGGGAAAUAGCCAAAAUACUGCAGAGGCCGUGAACGAAGUGCGAAACUUGAAUUAUGAACUUUACACCGCAACACUACAAGCUAACGAUGAAAGGCUAUCGGCUUGCGUCUUAAGCGAGGGUUUGCAGAAGUAUCAGAGCCUAAUGAUUCAUCGAGAAGGAGUCAAUAACUACUGCGAUGAUGUCAUGGAACUGCUCAACCAGCAACCUCCUCCAGAUGGCCUCGAUUACGUACCGACUGAAACGGCUUUGGAUGAUCCACUGUCGUAUAUCCGCAAAACGGAGUGCCACGGGCAGUACGAAAAUUGUUGCUUCAACGAAAUUUCUAUGGAUGAUGUGUCAGGCAUAAUGGUUGACCCAACACAGCGCAAGCCAACGGCAGAUUUCGAUACGUUCCAAAUGCCACAACAGAAGUGCCAUUCCGCUGGUGCGCCAUCGGAAGUCGGUGGUAAAGCUCAAGUAUCUAUCGAAGACAUUUCGCGACGAGUGUUCGCGAGUGGUGCUUCAAUUUUCACCCCUAAGGUUCCUGUUGGGAGACCGGAAAUAAGAAAAACACCAUAUGUACCUGCGCCACCGGAUGAGCCUGUUGUUUCUCACGCAAAAGGUGCCCCGGAAGGUGGAUUUCGUACGGCACAUGAUGAAUUCCGGAUCCAAAACGUUAAGAAAUAUGGACAAACGAAUCUACCCGGCAAGACGCCUCUUUUCGCUUACGGUCGAAAAUCUCUCGGUGGUCGCCGGACACUGGGCAGUAAGUUCGUCUGCCCCGUGCGGCCCGAUAAUGAAUCUGCAGCAGGCGUACAACGGACAGCGCCAGCGACGGACGAUAGUAGGACAUCCAGUGGCGAAAGUCAGGAAGAGGAAGUUGACGAUCGACUGAAAAAUAUCGACCCGAAGAUGGUGGAACUCAUCCGUAGCGAAAUCAUAGGUCGCCUUCAACCCCUGACUUGGGAUGACAUUGCCGGAUUGUCGUAUGCGAAAACGAUCAUCAAAGAAGCGGUCGUGUUGCCCAUAUUACGCCCGGACAUAUUCACCGGUUUGCGCAAACCGCCCCGGGGUGUUCUUCUUUUCGGUCCUCCGGGGACGGGCAAAACAUUGAUCGGCAAAUGUAUCGCAUCACAGUCCAAGUCUACUUUUUUCAGCAUCAGUGCUUCAUCGCUUACCUCGAAGUGGGUUGGCGAUGGGGAAAAGAUGGUGCGAGCAUUGUUUGCAGUGGCCGCCGUCCAUCAGCCGUCUGUUGUCUUUAUCGACGAGAUUGACUCUUUGCUGUGCCAGCGUUCCGACACGGAACACGAAAGCUCUCGGCGACUGAAGACAGAGUUUUUGGUACAACUCGAUGGUGCCGCCACGGCCGAAGAUGAGCGUAUUCUCAUCGUUGGGGCCACUAACCGACCGCAGGAGCUGGACGAAGCAGCACGACGUCGGUUGGUGAAACGAUUAUACAUUCCACUCCCGGAUCGUGCCGCAAGGGUACAGAUUUUAGUACGUCUACUACAACAGGAAAGGAAUAGUUUGACCAGCGACGACAUAGAGCAAGUCAGUGAACUCACUGAUGGGUUUUCGGGCGCGGAUAUGAAGGUUCUCUGCCACGAAGCAUCGAUGGGACCAAUCCGAUCCAUACCGCUCGAAGAGCUGGGUGACAUUGCCAAGGAUCAGGUGCGACCCAUUUCCCAUGAUGAUUUCCGGCUAGCAUUGACGAAAGUGAAGGCCACCGUAUCGCAGAACGACUUGAAACAAUACACUGCUUGGGAUCAAACCUACGGAGCUGGAGCAUCAUGA